CUGCGACAGACGCCUUUUAGAACUCUUCGCGGUUGGAAGCAGAUUUAGAGCUGUCAAAAAUGGUUCUGAUUACUUUGACCCUGGUGUCUUUGGUGGUGGGCCUGCUGUAUGCCGUUCUGGUAUGGAACUACGAUUACUGGAGAAAACGGGGCGUUCCUGGUCCCAAGCCCAAGCUGUUUUACGGAAACUAUCCACACAUGUUCAAUAUGAAGCGGCAUUUGAUCUACGAUCUGAACGAUAUUUACAGGCAGUACAAGGACAAGUACGAUGCUGUGGGCAUUUUUGGCGUUCGCUCUCCACAGCUGCUGGUGAUCAAUCCCGAGCUGGCACGUCGAGUAUUUGUGUCCAACUUCAAGAACUUCCACGACAAUGAGAUCGCCAAGAACAUUGACGAGAAAACCGACUUUAUUUUCGCCAACAACCCGUUCUCGUUAACGGGCGAAAAGUGGAAGGCUCGAAGGGCGGACGUAACUCCUGGGCUUACGAUGGGACGGAUAAAGACAGUCUAUCCGGUGACGAACCAGGUGUGCCAGAAGCUGAGCGAGUGGGUGGAUAAGCAAUUACGCCUGGGUUCUACCGACGGCAUCGAUGCAAAGCACAUGAGUCUCUGCUUUACAACCGAGAUGGUCACCGAUUGCGUUUUGGGCCUGGGUGCUGAAAGCUUUUCGGAUAAGCCCACUCCCGUGGUGGCGAAAAUCAAGGAGCUCUUCAACCAACCCUGGACCUUUAUGCUGUUCUUCAUAGCGACCAGCGCCUUCCCAUCGCUGAGUCAUUUGUUUAGGCUACGCUUUGUGCAAAAGGAUGUGGAGCGCUUCUUCGUCGACCUGAUGGGCAGUGCGGUGGGGGCACGUCGUGCCCAGUUGGCGGCGGGAAAGCAGUUCGAGCGGUCCGACUUCCUGGACUACAUCUUGCAGCUGGGGGAGAAGCGCAACCUGGACAAUCGCGAGUUGCUGGCCUAUUCCAUGACCUUCCUGCUCGAUGGAUUCGAAACGACGGCCACGGUUCUGGCACACACCCUGCUCAAUCUGGGUCGUAGUCAGGAGGCACAGAAGGCUCUGCGAGAGGAGAUUCGUUUCCAUCUGCAGGAUGGCUCCAUUGGCUUUGAAAAGCUUAACGAUUUGCCCUACCUGGACGCUUGUGUGCAGGAAACCAUCCGGCUCUUCCCACCCGCAUUCAUGGCGAAUAAACUCUGCACCGAAUCCAUCGAGCUCCCCAACAAGGAAGGUCCCAACUUCGUCGUGGAGAAGGGCACCACUGUGGUUGUUCCUCACUACUGCUUCAUGCUGGACGAGGAAUUCUUCCCCAAUCCUCAGUCCUUCCAGCCUGAGCGAUUCAUGGAGCCCGAUGCUGCAAAAACCUUCAGGGAACGAGGUGUCUUCAUGGGAUUUGGAGACGGACCGCGUGUGUGCAUUGGAAUGCGAUUUGCGACGGUGCAGAUUAAGGCUGCACUUGUGGAACUGAUAUCAAAGUUCAAUGUCAAGAUCAAUGCCAAAACCCGCAAAGACAAUGAUUAUGACCCCGGCCAAAUUAUCACUGGUCUGCGUGGGGGCAUUUGGCUAGACCUUGAAAAGCUUUAGAGAUUCAAUUACUUAAUAACUCCCCUCCGAGCGACGAAACUAAUCGAAAAGUUGAUUGGUGCCGCCGUUCCCCAGUCUAUUUUUAUAGAAUAUAUGAUAUGUACACCCAGUGUUAUAUUCAAGCUCGCAAUUGGCGGACUUUGUUAUUGUUUUCCGUGUAUAUAUGUACACAUUUUGUUGUCUUUAUUAAACGUAUUUCGCAUAUGAAA